AUGCACUGCGACGCCGCAUGGCAGGGCUCCGAUGAGGAAUGCAUGCGAUUGGCGCAGAAAGCCCUCGUCUCCUCCGGUCUCCUCGCCCGCUUGAACAACCUGGGCAGCAAGACGGAGCACAGUGAAGAGCCCUUCUCCGCCGGCGCCUGGCUCGCACAUGGGGAUGGCGACCUCGAGCCUCUCAAGGUGGACGCCUUAGCUAAGAUUGGGGUUUAG